UGACUUGAGCUCAUUCAACACACAACAUUAAAAAUUUCUUCAUGUUCUUGCCACCUCUCUUCCAUAGACCAGCACACCACACAAGCACCUUCCUCACCUCCUUUGAAAGCAGCCACCGUCUCUGAUUUCUUCAAUUACCCACUAGUCUCAAUUCUAUAUAUAUACAUGUCCAUAUCUCUUCAUUCCUCAAACACAACAUAUGCAAAAACAUCGAUACUAGUAGUACUCAUUUUCAUUCUUUCUUUCUAUAUACUUACAUAUAUUUGCCAUGUGUUCCUACAAUUUAAACCACUUCCCAGUUGAGAACAUAUCACUAAACCCUAUUCAACUUGCUGUCCUCAUUUUUGGAAUGAUUGAUUUCUUCUUGUUCCACAUAGUUUUUAACAAGAAUGAAAGAAUUUUCGAGUUUUUUUCAAGAUCCAGGUCUUUUAUUCAAUCCCAACUUGUUGGUUCAUUUGAUGAUUUGAAAGUUCAAGCUGAGGAGAAGAACCAGGAGUUGGAGGUUUCAAACCAGCCUUCCUCAGAAGAUGGGAAUCUAUGCAGAGUCGAUGUCGAGACGGUGAUGCAAAGACUGGGACUUGUUUGCCAUCCCGAAGGUGAGAAGAUUGAAGAGGGGUUGAGUUCUGAUAACCUUUUUGACCUGUUUGAAGAGAAGGAGCCAAGCUUGGAGGAGGUGAAGGAAGCUUUUGAUGUGUUUGAUGAGAACAGAGAUGGGUUUGUUGAUGCAAGGGAAUUGCAGAGAGUUCUGUGUGUUCUGGGCUUUAAAGAUGGGUUGGAGAUGGAGAACUGCAGGAAAAUGAUAGGGGUUUUCGACGAAAAUGGAGACGGGAGGAUAGAUUUCAAUGAAUUUGUUAAAUUUAUGGAGAACAGCUUUUGCUGAAUUAUUAUUCUUUUUGGAGGCGUGAGAUUUAUAAGAAGUCAAAUUCGUUAUAUUCCUUUUUAUACAUCUUUGUUGCUUCUGUUAUGAAAUAAGUAUAUAUUUUCUUCUUCUUCUUCAAAA